AUGCUAAAAACGUGGCUCAAAACGGGAGGUAUACGAAAGAGAGGUAGAGAGGAGAACAUUACCAGCGAAAGGGAACAAGUGAAUGAGGAGGAGGAGGACAGUCAAGCGAGCGCAAGUGCAGGCUCCACCAGCAACGCAACAGUGAUAUGCGCAGCCACAACGCCGCCCAGUGCUAACGCUGCUAACGUAGCUGCGAGUGACUCCAUCAGCAGCAGCGCAAGUGAGUCCAUAAAAAAGAGACACAAACCAGUUCGGAAAUACAACCACCAGGGUUACAUUAAAGUUGGAUUCAGCUGCAGUGGGACAGAUAAUGAGCCCAGACCACAGUGCGUGAUUUGUGGUGAAGUGUUAAGUAAUAAUUCUAUGAAACCAUCGCACCUCCAACGGCACCUUACAACUAAACACGCCCACCUGCAAGACAAGCCAGCGGAAUUCUUUACAAGAAAAUGUGAUCUACUGAAUAAGUGCAAGUCAACGAUCCAAUCCAGCUGUACACCCAUAGCCAAGGCCCAGGAAGCCUCGUAUCGUGCCAGCCUCCGCAUUGCAAAAGCCGGUAAGCCACACACAAUUGGCGAAAAACUUUGUCUCCCACUCGCAAAAGAAAUGACAGAAAUCAUGUGUGGCGAGAAGGCUGCCAAACAGUUAAAUUUGGUGUCACUUUCAAAUGACACUGUGUCACGGAGAAUAGUAGAGAUGGCAGACGAUGUUAAAAAUACAUUGAUUGAGCGCAUUAAAAGUAGUAGCUAUUAUUCCAUCCAGCUGGACGAGACUACUGAUGUUGCAGAUUUGGCCAAUUUGAUGGUUUAUGUCAGAUAUGAACAUGAUGGUGCAGCUCAGGAAGACUUUCUGUUCUGUCAACCACUGGAGACCAGAACAACAGCUGAGCACAUAUUCCAGCUCCUAGAUGCGUUUGUGCAAGAGAAUGGACUUGAAUGGAAAAAGUGUGUUGGAGUCUGCACAGACGGCGCGAGGGCUAUGACUGGCCGCCACAGCGGAGUAGCAGCUCGGAUCAAAGAGGUCGCACCGGAGAUGCGAUGGACACACUGGCGCCAGUUGGCAUACUUGUCAGACAUUUUCUCCCGUUUAAACGACCUGAAUUUGGGACUACAGGGACUCUCCAUCAAUGUGUUUGAUGUGCAGGACAAAAUCAAUACAAUGCUGAAAAAGUUGGAGUUAUUCGAAAUCAAAGUCAAGGCAGUUGAUGUUUCAGCUUUCCCUGCUUUAGAGAGUUUUCUGUCUGAGAACGAGCUGACCCUUGAUGAAGGAGUGAGGGACAACAUGGUUGCACACCUUGUCUCGCUCAGACAACAGUUCCGCCAGUAUUUCCCAGUGAUGACCGAAGACAACAGCUGGAUGAGAAGCCCGUUCAGCAUGGAAGCCUCUGGACUGCCAAAGAACUUAACUGUGGCUGAGCAGGAGAGUUUAAUAGAGUUGUCUUGUGAUGAAACACUAAAGCCUGCUUUCAGAAAGCAGUCUUUAGUGGACUUUUGGAUAAAGCAACACAGAGAAUACCGCGCCCUGUCUGACAAAGCUGUGCGCUUUCUCCUUCCUUUUGCGACCACAUAUCUGUGCGAGAAAGGCUUCUCUUCCCUUGCUGUUAUUAAAACCAAAUACAGAAGCAGGCUGAAUGCUGGGCCAGACCUGAGACUGAAGCUCACCUCGAUUGCCCCAGACAUCAAAGGACUAGGGACGGAGCCCCUGCAGCUGCCGAAGGGCGAGCCUGACACCGAGGCGGUUGCCGUGGGCGUCUCUCCGCUUGCGGCCUCUGCUGCCGCUGUGGAUCCUGAGAGGACAGACUGA